AUGGCACCAGCAGAAAAUGCGAAGAAAGUUGUUAAGAAAGCUAUUAAAAUGAAAGAUCCUGUGAAUCAGCUGGAUUGUUAUCCACCUUUUGAGGAUAGGAGAACACUUGAUGGAGAACUUAUCAGUUUCAAAACUUGUUGGGCUACCCAUCUGACGGAAGAGGAGUCCAAUUGGGCUUUCGAUCUUUUCAAAGAGAACAUGUACGAUCUGUAUACCAAGUCGCAAUGGGGAUGGGAUCCAGAAUCUAAGAAACAAGAAUUAGGAGCAACAACAGCUAGAUAUCUCGUUGCUUACAAUGCUACUGGUGAUAGAGUAGGGUAUGCUCACUACAGGUUCGAUGUUGACCACACUGCUCCUGUAGUUUAUUGUUAUGAGAUUCAAGUUUGUGAGAAGUAUCAGAAGAAGGGUAUAGGAUCUUUACUUAUCCAGACAUUAGAAAAUCUUUGUGCAAGGACUGGAAUGGAAAAAGUCAUGGCUACAGUUUUUGCAUUCAAUGCUAAAUCCUUAGGAUUCUUCCAUAAGCUUGGUUAUGAAGCUGAUGUCACAUGUCCCGACGAGAACAGAGGACUGGAUUACUUAAUUCUCAGUAAAGUUAUCGAUUGA